UUAUGCCCCAGCCCUUAAUUAUACAGUUCGAGAUUGGACAUUUUAAUGCAUUUUCUGUAAUUCACAUGUGUUCCUUACAUUCUGAGACCGACAUGGCGUUUUUUAAAAUAACAGUUAAGGAGAAAAACGACUUUGUUUGCCACUUGUCUGUCUGUUUUUGUAACCCACUGGCACGCGAUCUACUAGGUAGCCGAAGGUUCUCUAGAAUAAGUUACCGUUGCUUACCACUUCGAUGUUGAUCACUCAAUCGCGAAAAUGCCUAAACUUUGGCUGCAUAAACAGACACCUUCUGUCUUCUCCUUCCCUAAGGACGCAGCCAUGAGGAAACAACACAAUUGAUACACCAUGAAUCUGAACGACUUUGUGAUCCUUCCUAACAAGCCCAAGUCUGUGAAGUUAAAUACAAGAAACCUGCGGGAGCUGCGCAUGGAGACGGUGCAGCUGGCCCAGGAGAGCACGGCCAUGGAGAGCAGGCUGCAGCAGCUCAGGGAGAGCAUGAGCCGAGAGAAGGAGGAGAGAGAGAGGUCUGGGGGAUUCCGCUGGAAGUCUGGAAAGGCGGGCGCCCUCACCGGCCCUGCCGCCCGGAGGAACCGUGAGAACGCCGCGCCAAAGGUCCCAGGGGCAAAGGUGAAGAUCCGAGUGCUCCGAGACGAGCCGUUGGCAGAGCCCCGGCGGCCAGUUGAGAGACCUAACCGGCCAGUUGAGCAGGCAUCCAGUAGAAGACCUCGACUCAAGGGGAGAGUGUGUGGGCAGUGUGAAGACAGGGCAGCUGGUUUGAUGUGCGCUGAAUGCGGAGAGGAUUACUGCAUCGGCUGCUUUGCCAGGUUCCACCAGAAGGGGGCACUGAAGCUCCACAGAAUGAUCCCCAUCCAGGCAGAGGUGCAGACGUCAGUCAGCGCUCUGGAUGUGGUCCACCGCUUCAAGCAGCAGGUGAGCCCGAAGGCAGCACAGCCCACUAGCGCCCCCAUUGGACAGGGGAAGAAGGAGCCUGCCAUCUGGACGUACUGUGGAGAAAGAGAGCCAGCUGUCAAUCACAUGGUGCCUGCGUGGAGUCACGAGGUGAGGACAGCGAGUGAGGAGGAGGAGGAGGAGGAGGAGGAGGAGGAGUGGGCCGAGGAGGCGGUCAGUGGCGUCGCUGCCGGAGGCUCCUCGCUGCUGAGGGGCCACUUUGACGAGGAGGCGUCGGCGCGCUCCUUCCAGCAGGCUCUGCGGCGGUGGAGGGGGGAGGAGGGAGGAGACGCGGCGGACACACCACAGCAGGUGCAGGCCCACCGGCCACACUCAGCAGCACUGCCAGUGUCGACGGAGGCCACUGGGACUCAGGCAGACCUUCAAUCCAAGACUCUUCAGCCCAUUCAUGUGGAGUUCACGGAGCCGGGGCUGUGCUACUUGGACAAGCUCCUGAUCAAGAAACACCGCCGAAUGCCAAUCGAAGAGUAUCGACCGCUCUCCAGCGAAGCCUCCACUCAGGAGCGCUUGACACCCUCAAGCACAGAGACUGAUGGGGAGAGCCACAGGCUGACAGAGGAAGAGAAGGAGCUGCGGAAGUACCUCGCCACCCUGUUCACUGUCCCACCUGCAGGGGGCGUCAGAGAGCCCCACUCCCCCACCAAGCCCUCCCUGAGCAUUGUGGAGAUGGCCCAGACAGUGUGCGACGCUGUGGGUACCUCUGCCUUUGGAGUGGAGCAGCGCGGAGCGAACACAAAGUUGGACGGAGGUAGAGAGAGUGUGAGCGAGCGGGGGAAGAGUGAGGAGAGGAGGAGUGUGGGCACUCGAUCUUCAGCAUCGCCUUCGUCGCCUCGGCUGCCUGCGUCGCCGGGGCCAUGCUUCUCCCCUGGAGGUGGGUCAUCCAUCUCAUCUGACCAGAGCCCGACUCCGCCUCCAGGGCCCGCACCGAGAGCUGCUCUGCGGCCGACGCGCUCACCUGCGGCCAGCCGGCCUUCUCCUCGGCCUGCCUCUGGGCAGUCAGCAGCAUCGUCAGGCCAGCGCUUCACCAAGUCACCAAGGAGCAGAGGGUCAUGCAGCCCAAAGACCGACCGCAUGAAAACAUCCUCAAUGGAGUCCAAAACUCCGUCCCCGAGAAGCAGACCAGCAUCCUCCUCACAAGGUCUCGGUGUGACCCCUUCACCUCCUCACCCCCUCCAGACGCCCUCGUCCUCAGAACCUCAGUCACCCGCGCCCCUGUGCACCCCCGGACCAUCUUGUCCGUCCAGUCCAGGCUCCAGGACAUCUGCCCAGCCCUCCACACCUGGAUCUACAGUGGAGGCUUCACCCCCAUCAUCCAGGAUGGAGGCUACUCCACACCCCACCCAUGACAGCACCCCUCCACAGACCCCCUACUCCUUAACACCUGUCAACACAUCAACCCACCCUCAGCUGAUCCCUCCACCCCACCUGCACACAGCCACCAGCUACCAGAUUCGGAGGAGGAGGAGGAGGAGGAGGAGGAGGAGAGGGAGGACUGGAAGGGCAGUGUGGGGCUGCUGCUGGACGAGUGGGACUCCUCAGAUGAGGAGUUGAGCUGCUGUGUGGGUGGAGGGGACACUCUCUG